CCCCGCUCAGUCCCCGCCGGACUCGGAGGUCGUAGGCGCGGCGCGCGGCCGGGAGCGGCACAGGUCCCAGCAGCUGGGGUUUCCCCGCAGCCUUUGAGUGGCCAUGUCCAACCCCACCGCACCUCCUCCGUAUGAGGACCGCAACCCUCUAUACCCUGGCCCUCCACCUCCUGGGGGCUACGGGUACCCUGCCUACCCUGCUUACCCCCAGCCUGGUUACGGUCACCCUGCUGGCUACCCACAGCCGAUGCCCCCCAUCCACCCGAUGCCCAUGAACUACGGUCCAGGCCACAGUUACGAUGGGGAGGAGAGAGCAGUGAGUGACAGCUUCGGGCCUGGAGAGUGGGAUGACCGGAAAGUCCGACACACCUUCAUCCGAAAGGUCUACAGCAUCAUCUCUGUCCAGCUGCUCAUCACAGUGGCCAUCAUUGCUAUCUUCACCUUUGUGGAACCAGUCAGCGCCUUUGUGAGGAGGAACGUUGCUGUGUACUACGUGUCUUAUGCUGUCUUCAUUGUCACCUACUUGACUCUUGCCUGCUGCCAAGGACCCAGACGCCGGUUCCCAUGGAACAUCAUACUGCUUACGCUCUUUACUUUUGCCAUGGGCUUCAUGACAGGCACCAUUUCCAGCAUGUACCAAACCAAGGCUGUCAUCAUUGCCAUGAUCAUCACUGCAGUGGUGUCCAUUUCUGUCACCAUCUUCUGCUUUCAGACCAAGGUGGACUUCACCUCGUGUACAGGCCUUUUCUGUGUCCUGGGAAUUGUGCUGAUGGUGACUGGGAUUGUCACUAGCAUUGUGCUGUACUUCAAAUAUAUUUACUGGCUCCACAUGGUCUAUGCUGCUCUGGGGGCCAUCUGUUUUACCCUGUUCCUGGCCUAUGACACGCAGCUGGUCCUGGGGAAUCGGAAGCACACGAUCAGCCCGGAGGACUAUAUCACAGGCGCCCUGCAGAUCUACACAGACAUUGUCUACAUCUUUACCUUUGUGCUGCAGCUGGUGGGAGAUCGCAACUGAGCAGCACCCAGCUCCACCCACUCUGAGCUACCCCUUCCCUAGAGGGCUGCACCCUGGGCCUCAGGCCCCCUUCUCCCCUAAGUCAUCUGUCCAGUUUCCUCUCUGCCCAGAGGAUGAGGGGCCUCUGGCUGUGUUGUGUGAGGGCGGGGAGGCUGGAGGAGCUCAGAACUCUUGCCCUUGGUGGGCUUAGCAGGGACUAGGCUGAAGGUACGUCUCCUCCUCUCUACCCACAGAGUGUACACCCAGCUCAGCCACGGUGUGGGGUACAUGUGAGGAACCUAUGAACACCAGAGGGGCUUCAAGGUGACGAGGUUCCCCUCCCAGCUCUGCCACAGACUAGGCAGCUGGAGCUGUUCCCUUCUUAAUACCCAAAUAAAGCCACAUGCUUUGCCCCUAACACUGCACUCGUAGGCCACUGCCCUGUCCAGUACUCCUUAGCCUGGGCACCUUUCAGCUGGGGAAGCUAGAACAAACCUGUUGCCCUAGUGGCAAGGAGUUACUGAACUCCUUGCUUCAGUAACAUGUAUUUAUCUGGUAAGGGCUAGGGAAAGAAGGAAGUGAGGCCAACACACAGCGAAUCUACCCUGGGCUUUGGAAGGUGGUAGGGAGUGGGCCACUGGCCUGGUCUGGGUUCCAUUCUCUGAAGCUGCUUGGAGUUUCCUGGGCCUUUAAUCGGGUCUCUGGUUGGAGGGACCGCUUACUUUCCCUGCUCAGGCGGGUGCUCAGGAGAAAGAGUGAAGAAGGUCAGUGGGUGGGGUGGUCUGCCGGAUCCUGACUGUGGCUGGGAAGCAGCCUUGAUGAGACUGGUGGGAGGAGGGAAAAUGCCUUGGAGUCCCCCACCUUGGUCUGAGUAGCCUUGAAGCCAGUGUGGUGCCCAGGAAGACUUCUGUGGCCCUCCCUUCUCUGGCAGAGGGAGGUCCCAGAGGGAAGGGUUACUUUUUGCUCCGUCUGUUUGGAAUUCCUGCUGGGCUGGGGGAUAUUAGAGUGGGGCCCCUCUCUCCAGCCAGCCACUGCUUUCUGUAUAAUACAAGUGCCUCCAGCUGGAAAUAAGGGAGGGGCCAGGGCCAGGGCCAGUUCAUCGGGUCUAGUGGAAGCUCUGUCAGCCCAAGGACAUAAUUAGAACUUUUCUGUUGAGUACUUGAUCCUAAAUAUAUCACACAAAGGGACACAACCAGAAAGGUAAUAAAGUUUUAUGUUUAGGAGUGAAA